CGAGGGCUGUGAAUGAGUACACUUGUGCUGCGAUGGGAGACGAACCACCCCCACUGCCACCCAAGAUGAGGUCUUCGACAGGUGUGCGCUACACGGAGCAGGACAUGGCCAAGGCUUUGGAGGAGGAAAACAAGGAGUAUGAGAGAAUUAGAAGGGAGCUCGGGCGCUCACACUCUCAGAGGCAGGCUCCACUGAGGGAGAAUGGACUCCAUGAUGCACCGAGGUCUCAGACUCCUACUGAAAGGCACAGUAGACCAGUAGAAGUUAAGCCAAGGCCUCGACCAGGUAACAAGCCAGCCCAACCUACACCUAAGCCACGCACUAUUAGCCUCACUCAAAACACCCCUAAAGCACCUGUCAAGUCAAGAUCUGCCUCGCAUUCCUUGUAUAGCCAUUCACUCAUUGCUGCAGAAUCGGUUUCUGUUAGUAACAGUAGGGCCUCCCCAACCAGCACAAUUGCAGAAAGUGGUAAUGAUCAGCAAGACUUGAUAUCCUUUAAUAGCCCUGAGAAACCAAAGAACGACAUCCUGGAGUAUCUCCAUACUGUUAAUGCAAACCAGAAGUCAGUGGUACCUGUGUCUACUUCUCAGGGAACGUACAGAGUGCACAGUAUAAGUAGACAAUCAUACAGUUCUCACCAUUCAUCUUCUGUGGGACCAACAUCAAGUCUAACAACAUAUCAAGGUGCCAUGACCCCAAUGUUUUCUGGCUCUCAGUGUCCAGCAAUAACUCAAAAUGGAACUUCAUAUCCCAACUAUAGCCAUAGUUCCACAGGAACCUCAUAUAGACCAACAUUACCCACAGUGCAACCUACAACUAGUAACCUUAUCCUCAACUACCCCAGUAGCCUUGGACAGUUAGUACCAGUGAUGCCACCCUUGCCCCAAAGAUGCCCAGUGGUUGACCUUCACAAUGUAGGAAAUAUGUUUAAUCAGCUGACAAUACCUAAGGGUGCAAAAGGUUCCCCAGUGGGGACACCAACCACUGCCGGGUUAACAUUACCAGACCCAGCAAUAAGUGCCUCCACUGCUGGAAGAAUUGUCAGUGCAUCCAACAGUGAUGAUCUCAUUGACUUGGGGAAGGGGGGGAGUUUAACGGAUAGUGUAGAUGCCUUAGAAACAAAAACCAGUGUCUUAGAUGUGUUCGAUCCCAUUAUGCUUAAAGCCAAAGAAGAGUUGAGGAGAAAAAACACUUCUGCUUCCAAUAGUGUAAGUAGUAAAGAGCACCACCCCGAUCCAUCUUGUGUUCCCAUCAGUGAUGAGGCCCAGGAACUACUCCGUUACAAGUGCUCCAAAAAGCUUAAUGAUGAUGAGAUGAGCUACUAUGAACAAGUAGACCCCUUUGAGUACAUGCACCCUGGGGCAAGCAGCACAAGGUCUGACCCUGUCUAUGACAUUUACUAUGGCCUUGUCAGUCCUGGUGCCGUAGGGGGAGAAACAUUUGACAUCCCUCCACCUCUUCCACCGCGCUCAUCCGUCAAGGAGCCUGAAGUGGAGCUGCGGAAGAGUGUGCGCAGUCCUCGUGCAGAGAAAAAGUUCAUGGAAAAGGUAAGCAGAAACUAUUUUUGGCAUUAUUUUAAUGUUCUAGUUUUGGCCACCUUUCGUUUGUGUAGCUGCUUCCUGCCUGCUUCUAGUGGUCUUAAAAAGUGUGAUUUAUGUAAUUAA